UGGUUCCACAUGGUCACAUGGUGACUGAUUUUGCUGUGCAAAAUGGCUGGUGCACUGAACCGAUUGGCUGCUUUCGGAGUUGGACUGGCUGCAACUGGAGCUAUCGUUAACAGUACCCUAUACAAUGUUGAUGGAGGAGAGAGAGUUGUUAUUUUUGAUCGAUUUCGUGGCGUAUUAGACUCAGUCUCAGGAGAAGGAACUCACUUUCUUGUUCCUUGGGUCCAGAAACCAAUCUUCUUUAGUAUCCGGAGCAAACCACGGAAUGUACCUGUAGUCACUGGAAGCAAAGAUCUCCAAAAUGUUGAUAUUACUCUCCGUCUUUUGUUCCGACCCAAAGAAGAGAAGCUCCCCUGGAUAUUCAGUAAUGUUGGAGUGGAUUUUGAAGAAAGAGUUUUGCCGUCCAUUACAACUGAAGUUUUAAAAGCGGUUGUUGCUCAGUUUGAUGCUAGUGAGCUGAUUACACAGCGUGAAGUGGUAUCACAGAAAGUUAGCGAAAUGCUGGCGGAGAGAGCUGCUUACUUUGGGAUUAUUCUUGAUGACAUGUCCAUUACACACCUGAGCUUUGGUCUUGAAUUCACUCAAGCCGUGGAGAUGAAGCAAGUUGCUCAACAAGAGGCUGAAAGGGCUCGUUUUCUCGUUGAAAAGGCAGAGCAAUACAAGCAAGCUGCUAUCAUAACAGCUGAAGGAGACGCAAAGGCAGCUGAAAUGUUGGCCAAAUCAUUUUCAGAAGCUGGAGAUGGAUUGAUUGAAUUAAGAAGAUUAGAAGCAGCCGAAGAGAUUGCGAAUACUUUAUCAAGGUCCCCCAAUGUUGCCUAUCUACCUGGAGGUGGACAAAACCUCCUUUUGCAAAUACGGUGAAAUGUGAUAGCCUCAUUAAUUCUCUGUUCCAUAUAAUUAAUUGUUGUGAACUGAACUAAUACUGUCGUAGUGUGUGAUAUUUAUUUAUCACUGAAAUCAUAAAUACUUAAAUCACUAAUAAACAUGUCUAGCUAACAUUAA